AUGCUACGUAGCAUGCUAGCAGGCACAGCCACCGCCGCCUUCGUCGGCCUCGCCGCGUCCUUCGUCGGCGCCAGCAUCUGGGGCACCGCCGGGCUGCCUUUUAUCAUCGGUUCAUCACUCGGCUUCGUCCUCGGCAGCACAAGAUGGUACGUCGCCGCUUCGCAGGAAGCGCUGCUCCAGCUGGACAAGUACCCGUCGAUCCUGCGCCUUCAUCUCGUAUCCAACUUCCCCUGGAAACCGGAGCUCGGCAGGCUGGGGGUCGAGUGGUACACCGCCCGCCGCUUCGGUUCUAACUGGCAGAUGAAGAGCAUGCUCAUCGCCGCGUGGCUGACUGCCCAGCCAGCGCUGGACGAGAUUCGCAGUCGGAGGGAGACGGAGCUUGUGGAGGCGUACUCAAGACAGCGAAUUCUUGAGAGGGUUAGCUCGAGUGAGCGGGAAGAUCAAGACGAUGGAGGGGAAUCAUAG